GCGCGGAUGGGCUGCGCUGCCCCGGCCUGGGUUGGUCUGCGGACACUAACGGGACGAUGCCGGGGCUGGGCCCGGGGUGUAACUGGUGCUGCUGCGCUCCGCUCUACAGGAUCCUGGCGAUCGGCUUCAUGGCCACCCUGGCCGGCGCCGUGGUCGUGGGCAACGCCAUCACAGUCACUGUGUUCCUCGGCACCAGGCAGUUCCGGACCCCGCAGGGUUACCUGAAGGUGUCUCUCGCCCUGGCCGACCUGAUGGUGGGGGUGCUGGUGGUCCCGUUCUCCGUCUACACCGAGAUCGUGUGGAUGUCUGGCGGGGGGGCGCCGCCGGUCUGGGCCCUGGGUUAUUCGGCCAGGGGGGUAGGAGGAGGAGGAGGAGGAGGAGGCGGGUGGUGGCGGCCCUGCCACUUGGUGGGCCUGGUGUUCGCCGGCUGCACCUUCGUGUCCAUCAGCACCAUCUUCCUCCUGACGGCGGAGAGGAGCGUGGCCAUCCUCAAGCCGCUGCAGAAGGACACGGUGGUGACACGCCGCAGGACCCUGGCCACCAUCGGCUGCUCCUGGCUCGCUGCAUUCGUGCUGGCCGCCGCGCCGCUGCUGUUCAGUGACCACUUCACCCUGCAGUACAACGAGUGCAGCCGCAUGUGUAACUACGCCCCGGUGCCGCCGCCCUCCACCACCUCCACAUGGAGCAUCCUACUCCUCUUCCCCGCCUUCGACUUCACCCUCCUGGGCGGCACCUUGGUGGUCAACGCGCUGUCCUUCAGCACCAUCCGCCGCUGCUCCAAGAAGCGCAAGUUCCUGGUGGAGGCCGACAGCUUCCCGGGACCCCUGCGCCCCUCCUUCUCCGACAUCAAAGCGGCCAAAACCAUCUCCAUCGUCACCUUCGCCUUCGCCGCGUCUUUCAGCCCCAUCGCCGCGUUUGUGGCCGGCAAUGUCAGCGGCUACUGCUGGUGCACCUUCUCCUUCUUCGCCUUCUGGAUCCUCGCCUCCAACAGCUGCUGCAAUUUUGUCAUCUAUAGUGUCAGUGACCAGCGCUUUCGCAAAGGGGUGCACCAGUUAUUCUGUAAAAACCUGCAUGCGUUGUCAGAAAAGAACUGAACGCGCGGCGCUUUGGUUUUCCCGAAGACCUACAGCAAUAAUAACAGAGACCACCUUUUUCAUCCACGGAGUCCCAAAG